GUGGAGCUCCUCGGGGCCAUGGCUUGCUCCUUGGUCCAGUUCUGCUACUUCCAGGAUCUCCAGGCCUCCCGGGACUUCCUCUUCCCUCACCUCCGGGAGGAGACCCCCAGCGGCGCUGCGAGGAGGGACCCCAGUAAAUCAACCAACUGGGAAGGUGAUGGUUUGGGAGCGUGGGAAGAAACAGAAUCCCAAGGACCUGAAGAAGAAGGAGCUGUUUGCAAAACACAAAAAGCUUCCUGGCUUCAACAUUGUGUUUUAUCUUUAUCUCCAACCAGUGAUCUUAUGGUUAUAGCUCGGGAACAAAAAGCUGUGUUUCUAGUGCCAAAAUGGAAACCUGGUGAUAAAGGGAAAGAAGAAAUGCAAUUUGCUGUUGGUUGGAGUGGUUCUUUAAGUGCUGAAGAAGGGGAAUUUGUAACUAGUGCUCUGUGUAUCCCACUGGCAAGCCAAAAGAGAAGUUCUACUGGGCGGCCUGAUUGGACCUGCAUUGUGGUGGGCUUUACUUCAGGUUAUGUGCGCUUCUACACUGAGAAUGGUGUGCUCUUACUUGCACAGCUUUUGAAUGAGGACCGAGUACUACAGCUCAAAUGCAGAACUUAUGAGAUCCCACGGCAUCCUGGUGUGACUGAGCAGAAUGAAGAGUUGAGUAUUUUAUACCCAGCUGCCAUUGUUACUAUUGAUGGAUUUAGCCUUUUUCAGUCUCUCCGUGCCUGUCGAAAUCAGGUAGCAAAAGCUGCUGCAUCAGGCAACGAGAACAUACAACCACCACCAUUAGCUUAUAAGAAAUGGGGUCUACAAGAUAUUGACACCAUUAUUGAUCAUGCUAGUAUUGGCAUUAUGACUCUGUCCCCUUUUGAUCAAAUGAAGACUGCCUCCAAUAUAGGUGGAUUCAAUGCUGCCAUAAAAAACAGCCCACCUGCCAUGUCUCAGUAUAUCACUGUAGGGUCCAAUCCAUUUACAGGUUUCUUCUAUGCCUUAGAGGGAAGCACACAGCCAUUGUUAUCCCACGUUGCACUAGCAGUUGCAAGUAAACUCACUUCUGCUUUAUUUAAUGCUGCCAGUGGUUGGCUCGGCUGGAAAAGUAAACAUGAAGAGGAAGCAGUCCAAAAGCAAAAGCCGAAGGUUGAACCAGCUACCCCAUUAGCUGUAAGAUUUGGACUUCCAGAUUCUAGGCGCCAUGGAGAAAGUAUUUGUCUGUCUCCAUGUAACACACUGGCAGCUGCAACAGAUGAUUUCGGGAGAGUUAUUUUGUUGGAUGUAGCCAGAGGAAUUGCAGUACGCAUGUGGAAAGGGUACCGAGAUGCACAGAUUGGAUGGAUCCAAAUCGUAGAGGAUCUCCACGAAAGAGUACCAGAAAAGGUGGAUUUGUCCCCCUUUGGAAAUACUCAUGGUCCAAGUCGUGUAGCUCAGUUUCUUGUGAUCUAUGCUCCCCGAAGGGGCAUACUGGAAGUGUGGGGCACCCAGCAGGGACCUCGAGUCGGAGCUUUCAAUGUUGGAAAGCACUGUCGGCUUCUGUAUCCUGGCUAUAAAAUAAUGGGCUUAAAUAAUGUGACCAGCCAGAGUUGGCAGCCUCAAACUUACCAGAUAUGUCUUGUUGACCCAGUGUCUGGAAGUAUGAAAACCUUGAAUGUUCCUUUCCAUUUAGCACUGAGUGACAAAAAGAGUGAACGGGCCAAAGACAUGCACUUAGUGAAGAAACUAGCAGCCCUAUUGAAAACAAAAUCAUCUAAUCUAGAUUUAGUUGAAACAGAAAUAAAGGAUUUAAUUCUUGAUAUUAAGUAUCCUGCAACGAAAAAGCAAGCAUUGGAAAGCAUUUUGGCAAGCGAACGUUUAUCAUUUUCCUGCCUUAGAAACAUCACUCAGACUGUAAUGGAUACUUUACAAAAUCAAGAACUUGAGUAUGUUGAUGAAGGAUUGCUACAGUUCUGUGCCAAUAAACUGAAACUGCUCCAUCUUUAUGAGUCUGUCAGUAAAUUGAAUUCCCUUGAUUUCCAUUCAGAUACACCAUUCUCUGAUAAUGACUUGGCUGUGUUACUAAGGCUUGAUGAAAAGGAAUUUCUAAAACUUCGGUCAUUAUUAGAGACGUAUAAGCAAGAGAACACCAGGACUUCUGUCCGGUUUUCUGAUGAUCAGGAUGGUAUGUUGUCUGUAGAAACAUUUCUGGAGUAUUUGGAAUAUGAGAAAGAUGUGAUCAGCAUCAAGAAGAUAACGGAACAGGAAUAUGUGGCUUUAGGCAGCUUCUUCUUUUGGAAGUGUUUGCAUGGAGAAAGCUCCACUGAAGACAUGUGUCACACUUUGGAGUCUGCUGGACUUAGCCCCCAGCUGUUGUUGUCUCUCCUCCUGAGUGUUUGGCUUUGUAAGGAAAAUUAUAUUUUGGAUCAACCACAGUCUGUCUGCUGUCUUCAUACAAUGCUGUCCCUCCUGAGCAAGAUGAAAGUGGCCAUUGAUGAGACCUGGGACUCCCAGUCAGUGUCCCCUUGGUGGCAGCAGAUGCGCACGGCCUGUAUUCAGUCGGAGAACAAUGGAGCUGCUCUUCUGGCUGCCCAUGUUGGGCACUCUGUUGCUGCACAGAUAUCAAACAAUAUGACAGAGAAAAAAUUUUCCCAGACAGCUUUGAGUGCUGAUUCAGAGGGCCUCACGGAUUCCUGGGAGGCUCUUUCUCUUGACACUGAAUACUGGAAACUCCUGCUGAAACAACUGGAGGAUUGUCUCAUACUUCAGACUCUGCUCCACAGCAAAGUAAACACUCCACCAGCCAAAGUGUCCUCACUGCAGGCUGAGCCGCUCCCGAGGCUCUCUGUUAGAAAACUAUUAGAAGGAGGAAAAGGUGGCAUUGCAGACAGUGUAGCCAAGUGGAUAUUUAAGCAAGAUUUCAGCCCGGAAGUAUUGAAAUUAGCUAAUAAAGAAAGAGAUGUAGAAAACCCUGAUGAACCCAAAGAAGGUACUAACCCAAGUUUCCCUGAAGUGUUAGAAGUAGACAGGAACUUGGAAGCCAUAUCAGACUUGCUGCAUUUAGCCUAUGAGCAGUUUCCUUGCAGCCUUGAGCUGGAUGUGCUGCAUGCUCAUUGCUGCUGGGAAUAUGUUGUUCAGUGGAAUAAAGAUCCAGAGGAAGCACGUUUUUUCAUUAGGUCAAUAGAACACUUGAAGCACAUUCAUAAUGCACAUGUUCAGAAUGGCAUUGCGCUCAUGAUGUGGAAUACAUUUCUAGUUAAAAGGUUUUCUGCUGCUACAUAUUUGAUGGAUAAGGUUGGAAAGUCACCUAAGGAUAGGCUCUGUCGAAGGGAUGUAGGAAUGAGUGACACUGCCAUGACAUCUUUCCUUGGCUCCUGCUUGGAUCUUCUUCAGGCCCUACUGGAGGCAGAUGUUAACAGGGAGGAAAUGCAGGUGCCCAUCCUGGACACCGAGGACGCCUGGCUCUCUGUGGAAGGCCCCAUCUCCAUCGUGGAACUGGCCCUGGAGCAAAAGCACAUUCACUAUCCGCUGGUGGAGCACCACUCCGUCCUGUGCUCGGUCUUGUACGCGGUUAUGAGGUUUGCCCUGAAGACAGUGAAGCCCCUUUCGCUCUUUGAUAGUAAGGGAAAAAAUGCAUUUUUCAAAGACCUAACAUCGAUUCAGUUAUUACCCAGUGGGGAAAUGGAUCCAAAUUUUAUUUCUAUACGACAGCAGUUUUUAUUAAAAGUUGUGAGCGCAGUUGUCCAUGCCCAACAUUCAGUUGCAAAGGACAGAGAUCCCACAGACGCAGUCACCGUUCCUUUUGAGAAGGACCACGACUGGCCAGCUCUCGCUGUGGAUCUAGCGCAUCACCUUCAAGUUAGCGAAGAUGUCGUCAGACGACAGUAUGUGGGGGAACUCUACAACUACGGAGCUGACCACUUAGGAGAAGAGGCCAUGCUCCAGGUUCAUGACAAAGAAGUCCUGGCCUCUCAGCUGCUGGUGGUGACAGGGCAGAGGCUGGCUUACCUGCUCUUUCAUUCUCAGACAAAAGAGGGGAUGGAGUUGCUUGCCAGACUUCCACCUACUCUCUGCACUUGGCUAAAAGCAAUGGACCCCCAUGGUCUUCAAAACACUUCAAUGCCAAUUACAACAACAGCUAAACUAGUAAAUAAAGUAAUUGAGCUCUUGCCAGAAAACCAUGGCCAGUAUAGUCUAGCCUUACACCUUAUUGAAGCUGUGGAAGCCAUAUCUGUUCUUUCUUCAUGACACCCACUGGGUGAAGAAUAACGAAGAUAAGUCUUAGAAUUUUGUGAUUAUAAUAUGGAUUAGUGCAUGGUUAUUUUACAGAGUAAGAUCUGGAAGUUUACAGAAGGAGUAUGUUUUUUUGUUGUGUUUUAUAAAAUAAAAAUGUGUAUUGCUUUUAAAAAGUGCAAUCCUGGCUAAAUUCUACUCCUUUGGAUAAUACUGAGAUAAAGUAACACAAAUAUCAGUUUUACCAAAAUUACCAAUACAUGUGUUUUACUGUUUAUUUCUAAUUCAGACACUCAAGUAGCUUUAUUGUAAAACUUUGCUAUAUCUAAAAUUGAUGAUAAUUUACAGAUUAUGGUCUAAGAUUAUAUAUUUCAUACUCAAAAUGUUACUGUAAUUAAAUAUACUACAUGUGUUCAUGUACAGUCUCCAUGAGUAAAGCUGGAGAAACAGCCCGCUCUCCUUUAAGUGCUGAGAAACCUCUUUCAUCAUGCUCCAUCCUGGGCUGGGCUGGGCGGCGGCUGCCUGGGAGUUUUAGAUGCCGACAGCUUCCUUUCCCAGAGGUCACACGUGGCCUUGCUUGAGGAGGAAGAGUGGAUUCAGGAUCAUCACCCUUUACCAAGGACACUAGGUAGAACCCUACACCUGUUGGACUUGCCAAAAUUGAGAAUGUGAGAUACAGGACCAACAGAGCAAAAUUCAUUCUAAUGAGAGUUGCUUUUUGCCAAGGUUCAAAGUUGUACCCAUAUCAGGUAAUUGUAAAAAUGUAUUAUCUUGUAAAACUUGUGUAAAAAGGCGACCAAAAUGCAAAAAAUCUCGUCCAACUUUAUUUUUCCUACAAUUGUUUAGAAAUGUCUGCUCUGGGAUUUAGAAAUGUUAUGUGUUCUUGGGAACAGUACAGAAGAUGCUUAAUAGUAAUAUUACUGCUUUAGCAAACUUACCUCACAGCUGAGUUGAGAGGACAAAAUACAACCAAUUUUUUGUGCCCUAUAGUGCCUAGAGCAGUCCAAGUGCUGAAUAAAUAUUUGUUGAUUCAAACUAAUUAACCAAAACUCUGUAAAAAGUGCUUUGAGCUCUACAAAUACCGAGUGUUUAUUAUGGUACGCUUUUGGAAUGUGCAAUUCCUGCUGUCAUUGUGGCAUCGGAAGAAGUUAGUGGUUCCUUCACGUAAGAAGCCUGUUCUAACAAUUGUACCAAGUUAAUUUAACUAUGCCCUUCAGGGACACAAAGAAAACAUGUAGGUGUUUGGGGGUAUUCCGAUGUGAUUUUUUUUUUUUUUAACUGUAAGAUAACAUCCAAGUAGGACCCUAGCCUUGCUAAAACUUAUUAAGUAACUAUCAAAUUCACAAUGCUUAGAGAUAAAUUGGUAAGCUAUCUUAAGGAUGUGUAGGUUAGGGUUUGUGUGUGUCUGGGGCGUGCAUUCUGACCAGUAGCAGCACUGAAAGGGCCUGAAGUUAGUCCACCUCUCUGCCUCUGCUUCAUUCUGCUUCCCCAGCCCCUCCCCUCAGACACAUUUCUAUGAGUUCUUGUAAGUGUAUCUACAGUUUAUAUAGUCACUUGCUAUAUGCAUCCUCAUAAAUUAGUGCUUCCUGUGACUUUUCUAAAUAUUGUUCAAGUAGUAUGAGUUUAGAAACUUAGAAGUAUGGGUGUUUUAAAAAUAUAUCCCUUGUUUCCAUCAUCACUCUUUGAGGGUACCUAAUAAGCAUUUGAGAUAAUAAAACUGUUAAAUUUGUUCUUAUGACAUAUUAAAAUCUGAGAACACUUGAGAAUAUAUAAUAUAGCUCAUAGAAGCAUGACACAAAUCACUGAGUCUCUUUCUAGUUGAGUUGUAAUUCUAAAAUUGAAUUCUGAGGUGUAUGGUUGAGAAAAAUCAAAAUGUUUUACUGUUCCAUCAGGGCUUUUAAAAUCUAAUGGGAAGACAAAAAAAAAAAAAAGAAAGAAAUACCUGUGUGUGCAUUCUGUAACAAGGAGCCGUCAGUGCAAAAUGAUUAGGUCUUCUGUAAAGCAGGCGGUUGCUUAAAUAAAGGGUGUGUUGCACUUACUGCAGUUAUUGGGAAAUCAAUACCCAGGAGUUUUCUAGAUAUACUCCCAGCACCAUACACAUACCUUUCUUAGCAUUAAGGAUGAGGAUGCAUUCUAUGCCUUGUCAAAUUAACUCUCUAUAAUGUUGAAGGAAAACAAAUAUUCAGAUAAUCCUAACUCCUUCACUGCAAGCUGUGUACAGCUAGAGGGGCAAGAUGAAUUGUAGAUAAGGGGAUAUACAGAAGCAAGCCUAAAUGCCUCAUAUGUCUACAAAGUAAAAAAAGAAAAAGCAUUUUACUUUUAUUAGGAAAAUUCAUCUCCAGACAAAAUAAACACUGUCAGUCAACAAUGAUAUUGCUUCAUUUUAUAAAAACAAAAGAGCUAUUCCAAUUUCAGAUAACACAAAAGCCAGACUUCAUAACACUAAGCUAAUAUUGAGUAUGUUUAUAGUCGUCACAUAGAAGUUGCUGUGGUCAAAAUCGUGCAUCAGAAAUACUUUCAAAGUACAUCACAGCAAGAGGGAAUGCCCUCGUAACCCGAUAGAAUGGGUCUGUUGGGUUUCGAAUGCUAGAUUUCUGCUGACUAGAACUUACCAUCCUUAAAAAGAUUUCAAUCCAAUCCUGAACUGUUUAUAUGAUGCUCUAACUUCUGUAAUGUACUUACUGUAAGUAGUGAAAUUCUGUAUAUACUGCUAUUUUCUGUCUAUUGUGAAUUUAUGUAAAUUACUGAAAUAAAUUUGCAGCUUUCAUAACUGUUUUCCUAA